AUGUCUGAAGUGUUGCCAUACAACGAGGGGAAAAUGAAUGGCUACGGGGCAGACAGCGAAGUCAGUCAAAUGACAUUCAGCUGUCGGUUGCAAGACACGAAUUCGUUCUUCGGAACAUCACAAUCAAAGAGGCCACCAAAACUCGGACAGAUUGGCAGAGCGAAACACGUGGUCAUUGAAGACGACCGAAUAGACGAGGUCCUAAAAGGAAUGACAGACAAGUCAUCCUCUGGCGUUUAA